UUUUAGGCAAAAAUAGACAAACAAGAUGUUCUUCGCUGCUGUAUCGGUAACACUGGUGCUACUUGGUGUUGUCUUAGGAUGUGCCUACCUUAUCAGUCUCCGAUCCGGUAAAACUCAAAUGAGCGUCGUGGAAUUAUCACAAUGCAUUAAGAUUGUCCAUCUGUUUAUGGUUGUUGUUUGUUAUUUGCUAAACAAUCGAGAACUUAUGGAUUUUUCCACUUACCAACAGGUGCAUUUAUCCCAGUGCCACAUUAAAGAAAUGACCAACGAAAUGUUUCUCGGAACUCUUCCAGCUACAGUUACCGUUUUAGCUAUUAUUAGACUCCGCGUUUGUCUUUGUAAAGGAAACGCAACCAAACUUGUAAGCAAGCGCUUUGUGGUGGUUCUAUACACCUUCGCAGUCUUGGGGUCUGUAUUUCUGUGGGCACUGCUACAAUAUCCGGAAUUUUUCGUGGAUGGGAAAAAAAUACUUGAAAUGUUACCUAAUAAAACUUUAGAAAACUCUUUUAUUUCCUUAGAUACAUGCUAUCAGCACAUCCACAAUAUUCAUUCCAGUUUGGUGUUUUAUAAAUCGGCAAACAUUUUCCUGUGUUACAUAUCACCAGUAAUAGUAGGAAUAUGUAUUUACAUAAAGAUCAUAAUACACGUUUACCAAUCAGCCAACAGAGUACAAAUGCAUUCCAUUAUGCCCAAUGCACCUACAUCUUUAUCUUUGAUACGAACCUUGCAACCAACUUUGGAAAGGAAUUCAUCCACGAGACUUAGCAAUGGAAACAGAAAUGCAUCCAACAUUCAUCGCUCGGUCCUGUGUAUUAUUGCUGGAAUCAUCGUAAGCUGGGUGCCAAUUUGUCUUGUUAAGGUGGGGUCCUUGAUAGAGAAUGAACAUGUAGCCUGUCUAUACCGGGUCGAACUUCAACUUGUGCUAGUCAUAUUUGUAACUUUUCCGUUUGAAGAAGGAAUAUUUCAGUCCGAGAAAAGAAAAAGAAUCUGUUCCCUAUUCAAAUGUUUCCUGGGCAGCAAACAUUCCCAGAACAGUUUCCAUGGGCAGGUCCGACGUGAUGUGAUAUUAAUACCAGAAUCUGAGACUGUAAUGAGUACGUUGAUAACUACUCUUCAAAAGUCCACAGAAACAGCCACAGAAGAAAUGGGAAGAAUCAAGAACGUAACUACUUCGAAGUUAUCGCAACACUCGAUGACUUCUGAAAAUUGUCAUCGGACAUCUAUUCAAAGCUUUGAUUCUUCGGUGUCCUCCAGUUUAUACUUUCGCCGCAGGGGGCUCAUGGUACCCUCUCUAAGUCUCUCAACCAAAUCAGCGUCUGAGAGUUCCUCGGUGUUCAUUAUUUCCACACCACUGUCCGUUGAUGAACACUCUCCCUACCUCUCCAGCAGUGGCAGCUUUUCGCCCUUGUUUAUCAAGGUAAAUAGAGGACUUGCAAGUGCAGAUUCCCUAAAUGUCAACGAACCAUUUAAUUGUACGCCGUACUCUAUUAGAACGUACUCUUUUGGUUCCACAUUAUCAUACGACUGCCAAAAUUCUGUUGGAUCUGCUGGAAGCACAUCUCGAACUCUAUCCAAAUGGAGAUCAUUUCAAAGAAAAAAUUCAUCAUCCAUGAAGUACAGCGUGUCAGAUCUUUCAAAAGAAUAACUAGUCAUUGUACUAGUAAUUGCAUGUUGACAUAGAAAUAAUGCAUAUAUUAACAAUGUAUUUGCAUAAACAUGAAUUAAGUAUGAAAUAAAAGAAAUUCACAUA